UUUUUUAGACGGCGCUGCAGUAAAAGCGUAGGGUGCGACCAUAAAGCCAUUGCAGAGAGUUCAUUGACCUGGAGGUGAGCUACAACCUCACAUUGAUGAGCAGUCAGCAUUUUACUCACUGCUCAGAACUCCAUAAACGCCCGUUUACGCAGGUUAAUGCCCUCUCCCUUGCAGCCCAUUGGAGUCAUCAUAUUCAGCUGUAAUGGCCCUCUGGUGUCAUCACAUGCAGAUGAGGGAGGUGGCGGGAGGCGAACAGUAUAUAAACAGGGAGCGGUCUUACUCCCAGUACCUUGCUUUUCCCUCAGCUUGCCUCAGCAUCUCUGCUCUCACGCCUCCCACCAACACUACCGAAAUGGCCUUCGCUGGAAAAUGGGAAACUGAGACCCAGGAGGGAUACGACGCUUUCUGCAAGCUGCUCGGUAUCCCUGCUGACAUCAUUGAGAAGGGCCGUGACUACAAGCUGAUCACAGAGGUCACCCAGGAUGGAAACAGCUUCACCUGGACCCAAAUCUACCCCACAAACGCCAAAGUCACCAACGCCUUCACCGUCGGCAAGGAGAGCGACAUGGAGACCAUCGGAGGAAAGAAAUUCAAGGCCACAGUGCAGAUGGAGGGAGGCAAGCUGAGCGUGACCUUCCCCAACUACCACCACACCUCUGAGAUCAGCGGAGGCAAACUCAUCGAGACCUCCACAGCCGGCUCUGUAGUGCUGAAGAGAACCAGCAAGAAGAUCUAACUGCUGACUGACCUUUGACCUCUUGAACAGUUACAAUGGAGACCUCAGCUACUACGGCAAUGAAUAAAAUAAGAAACUAACAUGAACCCGUGUCUCCGUCCAUG